GUCUGUCAUGCUAAGUCCCGCAUUCCAGACCUCAUGGGUCAUGGAAAAUCUGCAUGACAAGUCUACACUUUUCCAGACCCAGCAGACAUUUUUACAUUUGAUACAGCGGCGCUGCGGGCCCGAUGGGGGUGAAGAAGGGCGGCGUCAAGACCGCUUUUCCGAAAACUAUCAAAACAGAGAAAAAAUUCUAUGUCUGGCAUGGCCGCGUCAUCGUCAUGCUCAUGACAAAGUUGUCAGCAUGCAGACCUUUACACAAAUGAUUAUACAAGCCGAGUUCCCUCCUGGUGAGCAGUUAAAGUGCAACGAACUUUAA